AUGGAGUGGGUAGAUGAAUUUCCAUCAUUUCAAAUCGAAGGGCAUUGGUUUUACUCAUGGAAUAAUGGUAGCAACAAAAUCCUUCUUGGAAUAGGUGGCGGGCAUUAUGUGCCCCGACACAUGGACAUUGUUCUUAAAGAUGGUGUUUGGGUAGGCCAUUUGCUUUCUGGGUAUUCCUUGCCAAUGGAAGAUCCUGGCCAGUCAAAAACAAAACUAAAUACUGAGGCUGUUCGCGGAACUUGGAGAGAAGCAAUCAAAGUUUCAUUUGAGGCUACCAAAUCAGCUUUCCCUGGGGGAGAAGUUCUAGCACAUCUUGAUCACAAGAGUUUCAAGAGCUGGCAGAGGAAUGUCGUCACAACUUUCUUGGUGGAGCAGAACAUAAAGAUUGGCAAAGCCAGUGACUUUUCUUAA